AUGGCAGUGGCUUUUGAUGCAAUCCUCGCUCGGAUCAAGGAUGUUUGUAAAAGAAAUGGUUUGCUCAUUCUCUCGGUGUUGUCGGUCACCAUUGGCUGUCUUCUUGGAUUCUUCCUGAGGACGAGACGGCUCUCCCAGCAGGAAAUUAGUUAUUUCCAGUUUCCUGGUGAGUUACUGAUGAGGAUGCUGAAAAUGUUGAUUCUCCCACUGGUUGUCUCAAGCUUAAUGUCUGGGCUAGCAGCCCUGGAUGCCAAGACUUCCAGUCGAUUAGGUAUCAUAACCGUCACUUACUACCUGUGGACAACAUUUGUGGCUGUGAUUGUGGGAAUAAUUAUGGUUUCCAUUAUCCAUCCUGGUGGAGCGGCACAGAAGGAGAGCACUGAAGAGGGCGGAAAGCCCAUCAUGAGCUCUGCAGAUGCACUGCUUGACUUAAUCCGGAACAUGUUUCCAGCCAAUCUUGUUGAGGCCACAUUCAAGCAGUAUCGCACCAAGAGUAUUCCCAUCAUUAAAUCUAAUAAAGCAUCAUCUGAAAGCACCACUCGUCGCAUUAUAAUAUACGGAGUCCAGGAUGAGAAUGGAUCCAAUGUCCAGAAUUUUGCCUUGGAUAUCACUCCCCCUCCUGAAGUGAUUUACAAGUCAGAACCAGGCACUAGUGACGGCAUGAAUGUGCUAGGGAUUGUGAUAUUCUCUGCCACAAUGGGUAUAAUGUUGGGAAGAAUGGGGAACAGUGGUGUUCCUUUGGUCAGCUUUUGCCAGUGUUUAAAUGAAUCUGUCAUGAAGAUAGUGGCAGUUGCUGUUUGGUAUUUUCCAUUUGGAAUUGUGUUCCUAAUUGCUGGUAAAAUCUUAGAAAUGGAUGACCCGUCAGCCAUUGGGAAGAAACUGGGUUUCUAUGCCAUUACAGUGGUUUGCGGCCUAGUGGUUCAUGGGCUGUUUAUUCUGCCAAUGAUGUACUUCUUUAUCACGAAGAAGAAUCCCAUUGUCUUCAUCAGAGGGAUUCUUCAAGCCUUGCUCAUUGCUCUGGCCACAUCCUCCAGCUCAGCCACACUGCCUAUCACUUUCAAGUGCUUGUUGGAGAAUAACCAUGUGGACAGGAGGAUUGCGAGGUUUGUGCUGCCUGUGGGAGCCACCAUCAACAUGGAUGGGACGGCACUCUACGAGGCGGUGGCUGCCAUCUUUAUUGCGCAAGUAAACAACUAUGAGCUGGACUUUGGGCAGAUUAUCACUAUAAGUAUCACAGCAACAGCUGCAAGCAUAGGUGCUGCAGGUAUCCCGCAAGCUGGCCUGGUGACAAUGGUCAUUGUUCUGACCUCGGUUGGGCUCCCAACAGAUGACAUCACAUUGAUUAUUGCUGUCGACUGGGCACUAGACAGGUUUAGAACAAUGAUCAAUGUCCUGGGAGAUGCGCUGGCUGCUGGGAUCAUGGCCCACAUCUGCCGGAAGGAGUUCAUCAAGGAUGGUGAUGAGGUGCCAUUGAUCUGUGAAACUAAGCCUAUUAACAUCCGCCAGAUUGUGGCUUACCAGAGAAAUGGCUGUGUGAAGACCAUGAAUGAAUCUCGUGGACCAGAAACAGUGAAAGGGUUUCAGCACCACAUACCCGUACAAGUGGAGCAAGAAGAAAGUCCAGUGGAGAAUCACACUAAGAAAUCCAACAGUAAAGAUCACUGCACUAUUGAAAUAAAUGAACUAGAAACAAAUGUGUAA